CAGAGAGAGAGAGAGAGACUACGAUCCAGCCUAUUGGAUGUCGUUUUGUGUGUCCCGCCCCCUUUUCCCUCUGAUUGGCUGGGGGCGAACAAGCCCCAGCACCAAGCUCAGGAAAACUGAAUGGGGAGAGCUCUCUGCCAAUGGGAGCGCAGCAAGCGGCUCGUGCGUCAGCCGAUGGCACGCGCUCAUAUAAGCAGCUGUAGAGCAGGCGAGAGACAGACAGAGAGAGGGAGAGGAUUACAGGCUCUGACACACGCACACGCGUGCAAACGUCUCUCCAUUUUGGUGUCAUUUUGGGGGAAAGAGAUCGGUGAGUGAACCACAGCUUGAGUAAUUGAAAGAGGAAGCGUUUGUGGACAGAAGGUUGGGCUGCGAGUUCCCCGAUUCCCACCACGACCCCGAAUCCUCUGCUUCAGGCGAGACAGACUAAGACAGGAGAAGACGAAGGAGGAUAUAGAGGAGACGAAGGAGAAGCAGGAGGAGUAGCAGAAGAAGAAGAAGAAGGAGAGGGGACGAGGCGGACUCUUUCGCAUUCGCCAAUACAGGAAGUCUGUGCACCGUCCAUUUCCUGGCCCGCACCGCCACCCUGGGGAAGGCAACGGCGCCCACCCCCCCCCCGACGACCCCUGACCCCGCGGCCCCUCCCCCUCCUCCACCACCCCCCCCGCCACAGAAGGCGGAGCUACGCUGUAGCCCCGCCCCUAGCUGCCGUCGCCAUGCACAUCAAGACAACCAAAUGCAGCCGCUACUGCCUGGUGGCCUCGACCGCCCCCCCGGAGCUGUUCGACCGCCCCGACGCCCAGGCCCGUUUUGAGGGGCUCUUCCGCUCCUUCGACCCCCAGGUCCAGUUCCAGUACUUCCGGUCAUUCCGGAGGGUCCGGAUCAGCUUCCAGGACGCUCUCGCCGCGGCCGAGGCUAGGCUCCGCCUCCACAAGACCGACCUUAACGGCCGCGAGAUGAGGCUGUACUUCGCCCAGUCGGUCCACAUCGGCGGCCCCCACCUGGAGCCCCCCAAGCCGGACAAGCAGUUCCUGAUUUCCCCGCCGGCCUCGCCCCCCGUGGGCUGGGAGCAGUCCCCAGACGCCCGGCCUGUGGUCAACUACGACCUGCUCUGCGCCAUCGCCAAGCUGGGCCCCGGUGACAAGUACGAGCUCCACACGGCCACGCCCACCACCCCAAGCGUGGUAGUGCAUGUGUGCGAGGACGAUCACGCUGACAGCUCGGGCCCCGACGACAGCGACCAUGACGACAAGCCCCGCCCCCCCCGGCCCAAGAUUAUCCAGACGCGGCGGCCCGACUUUGUGGGCGGAGUCAAGCAGUGAGCGGGUGCUUUCACCCUCCCCUCGCGCCGGGGGGGAGGGGGAGGGGCUCCCCCGUGUCCGACCGAAACGGUCAGCUUUUAAACAAUUAGUUCGGGUUCGAGGUUCAACAGGUCAAGAGCCGCGUAACAAAAAUCAGAAAAAAAUGAAGAUCGGAGGAAAAACUUCGGAAAAAGUAUUGGAAAGCUCGCUCCGGAGUUAACUUGGAGAUGAGCGACGACGGACCUGUAAGACAAAUGUGCAUUUCAACGCGAAAACGGGGGGACGGACUGUAGAGAUCAGAGAGAGGAGGUGAACGUAGUUUAACCAUAAAGUCCAUUCAUGUUUGCGUUUCUGAUCCCUCAUUGACACCCCCCCCCCUUGUUGAAUGGACAUCAGGUGACACCAAAGUCUGACAGACGGUAACAGGGCGAAGAGUCUGUUUUGAAGUUCUUGACGUCCGUUUUUAGACUAUUGGUUUUUCCUGACUGGGGAUAAGUUCGGUGUUCGGACACUGUUCCGAACUUUGCUUAUUUAGGAGGCAGGUUUGAUCAGAAGGUUUUUGUUAUUUUUAUGUUUUAAUAAUAUCUCUGGUUGGUUUUGUUGACACUUUAGACGACCAGAGAAAUAUCACAAACUUAAUUGUUUUUGUGUCGGAUUUCAUACCAUUUCUAAUAUGUUUGCUACAUUUUUUCUGUUAACUAGUGCUACGAUAUAUACCCGCGGGGGGGCAUUUUGUUUGUUUCACAUCAAACCCCCUUGUACGAUAGAUAAACGUAACGAUUUUAAAGGAUACUUUCUAUGUUGUGUUGUAGGUUAAUCUAUAAAACUAGGGCUAACCCUUUUUCGGCUUAUUCUUGGGCUUACGUUUUGAGCAAGCGACCACAGUUGUGGCGUAUUGACCACAUUUAAAGGCACUGUGUUCAGACAUAAAAAUGGAAAUGCUGGCGAGGACUGAGUUUAAAUCUGUAAAAUCUCUGAAUUCCGAUUCCGAAUUUGCUGGAAGUUUGUUUCUCGUCAUAAACACAAAAGUCAUGUAUGUAAAAGUGUAUUUCUAAUAACCAUUUGUACAAGACCACUGUAAGGAGGGAAACUUGCACUGUGUGUGUGUGUGUGUGUGUGUGUGUGUGUGUGUGUGUGUGUGUGUGUGUUUGCACGCAUCGUGUGUGUCCGUGCGCUUGUGAUGUUAUGCUAUGUUAAAUUUUCCAUCCCCUGUCCUCCUCCCGCCAAAAUAAAACAAAUUAGCACGAUUGUAUAAAGUGGAAAAAAUAAACAAUUUGCUAACGAUUUGAAUGUAGAUUACUUUUGUUACAGAGUGCUACAUUUACUAAACGCCGCCCGUAAUAAAAUACUUAUUUAUGAAACGGUGUUGUUUGUAUUCCACUGUUGUGUGUGAUUAGCCGUUACAAGCCAUUUGAAAAAUCGGCCUCUUCUGAAAUCAAGUGUCGGCGUGUCCAACUAGAUGUAUGACGGAUAGAUAAGCAAUAUUUGCUACAGUCCACUGCUCAUACAGUCUAUGAGGCUUAUACUGAUCUAUCAAGCGAUUUUUUUAAACGGCUUGUAACGGCUAAUCUCACUCACACUUUGUGUUAUAGUAUGUCACCUUUAAAAAAAAGCUACGGGCACAAAGACUUCAUCGAGCUAAACGCAAAAGAAAUACGACUUUGGCUGUUUAAGUUCUACUUACUUUUGUUUUGACUUGGGGUGGGGGGAAAAUUGAAUAUUUUACGGUUCGACCACCACUGUGUUCAUGGUUGGAAGAGGGGGUGGACAUUAUUGUGUCUGGAAGCGAUUUCACUGUUAGAACACUGGGGCAUCAGAAGUUUUCAGCCCCCAAACCCACCCCGGGAUGGUACUGUGAAAAAGCAUGUGACAGUGUGAAAGACCCCCCCCCCCCCCCCACACACACACACAUCAGGUUGGAUCGGUUCAUUUACCUUCAGCACAGCUGUUAUUUAAACUGAUUUGUUUUUCGGAUUUUUUCAUUGAAUAAAUACUUGACUUAUCAAACUCGACUGUACGUGUGGCUGUGGUUUGUCUCGUUGCCGUGGUGAAUAGUCCUUGUGUUCUGGUUCUAAUUGUCGUUUAUCAUUUUAAAGAAAAAGGUCAGAUUAUUUGCCAAGUAUGUGUCAGUCAUUGAGCUAGGUUUAUGUUUGUGCGCGUGUGUUUUUGCCUGCUUUGGGUCGUUACAUUCUAUAUUGCAUGUCAAAAUAUUGAAGCUGUGCUCUCUGAAGUAAAGAUCUAAGUAUGCAAAAGUUUACAGGGAAUAGAUCCAGCAAUUCAAAAUAUUUUACAUUGUUAAGCUAUCUUUGCCUUCCAUAUAUUCUGCAUUCACUGCAUCUUGUACACACAAUGUUUUACUGUUUAUUUGAAUUGCUUACCCGACAUGUAUACAAAGAAAGUAAACGACAACCAUUUACUAAACUAGUUUUUUUAUUUACAAAUGGGAGAACACUUGGCAACAGUUUAGGGUCUAAACCCACAGUGAAGAUGACAAACAUUUUAGAGGUGAAGUUAUUGAUGCAACAAUAUGCAAAAUACAAAAUUCUGCACAUGCAUACUGGGUUAUGUUUGUAGCAAACCUAAGAAAAAAGUAAUCAACCAGUACAACACACAUUUUGAAAGCUUAUAAUCCUAUUCUCACAAAAUAAGUAUUUACAGUAUCAAAACCAGCAACAGGAAAUCGAUGCACUGCUGUUUCCAGAGAACGCACACAUGCAUGCAAGAUAAAAUGAUCCCUUUUUAUAAAACGUUUCCCAUUCCAGACGCAACUUUAAGGAAGGCAGACAUCACGACAAAACCGUUCUCCGAUCGUUCUUAAAGUGGUUAAUGUCGAACUUAAAGAACAGCAUACAUUCAGACAUUUUUAUUUUUUUUUUUAAAUCGUUUUUAAAACCGUAAAUGCCAUACUUCACAAAAAUGCAUUCAUCGCGAAAAACCGCUGUUAAGCGGUUGAUGUCGAACUUUAAGAAAGGCCCAAAAUAAAGUUUUUUGGUCCUUCUUAAAGUGGUGACGAAAUGUCGAAACGUUCCUCGACUGGUUCUAGAACAAUCCAGAAGAAAGCUAACUGAUCCACAUCCGUCGAAAGACUUGGGCUUGAUCUCAGGUCUGCAGCGGAUCGCUGGAGUAUGGAUCCUAGGCGGGUGCCACUGUUAACGGCUCCAGCCCCCAAGAGUGGCUCCUGAGUGACACAAGAAGACGGUGAAGACAUUAAAGGGGUCCUAUUACGCCACCAGGUGUGUCACUGUCAUACACACACAUGCGCACUCUGCACAGAUGCAUUAUGUCACAGACACACACAUGCACUCUUUCACACACUCGCAGACGAUGUAAGACACACACAAUGUCGCACAAACACACACACACAGUAUACUGGCUCGCACACAAUGUCACCCUUACACACACAUUAAUGCCGCGUUUCCACUAGGG